CGCAUCGCAACCGUAGACAAAACAGAGGCGCUCCUGGAGCGUCAGCUAAUAUUUGUUUUUUUAAACUUUUUAAAAAUAUAUUUGUUUCUUAUAAGCCGCUGUAGCCAAAAGUGACUGAGCUACUUUUAUUGAUGUGAUAGAAAAUUGCUGCAGUAGUAGAAAAAUAGCUAGCAGCACAUAUGUCAUUUUAAAUGUGCAAUGUUUUUGUUUUCUAAAUGGACAUUUUUCGUGUGAGAUGACGUUACUUUUGCCUGCCCGGAACUAAGCUGCCACCGUGCAAUCACCUGAGAGCCAGCACGACAUUUUCGCAAGGCUCUAAUCAAGAUGGAAACCAUCGAAGCCUCCAGCGAUGUUCUCCUUCAGCAUCCGUGGCUUCCCAUUGCCAUUGAUGGUUGCAACCUGCUCGUCAAGAGCUGCUUUGCAGAGACGACGUACCGCAUCCUGCUAACUGACAUGCGCAGCGUUUGGCAGGAGACCAUGCAGUCGGCAGCCAUCCAGAGCCGCGCUCAGGAGCUGAACAAGCGUUUGCAAGCCCCCGUCAAAGCCUUUUUCUCGCACCUGUGCGAGGUGGUGCGGCCCUGUCUGUCCGGCGAGAGCCAAGUUGGCAUCACCGUGAUGCGGCCUGAAGGAGGCGACUUGUGCUUGAGGCUGAAGAGCAAGCUAGCGGAGCUGCCGUUCUACUGGGAGUUUCGCUGCACCCCCGCUCCAGUCGCUGUGGUAUGUCUUCAUCUGGUGCAGCCCCUGUUGUCCAUGAGCCACGUGCUGGAACAGCAGGUGGAAGAGCUGGAAGAGUUGCUGGUCACGAAGGAUGCCGAGAUCCAAGACUACAAGGAGAAUGGAGCCACACUCAGCAGAGCGCGUCUGCAGACAGACAUUUUCGAGCGGCACUCCUACAAAGUCGGUUUCCUGGCAAAGACUCUUGCUGUGGUUUGUUCUGACGAUCACGGCGUGAAGAACUUCGGAGAUGACCUCCGAGAGCUUUACACCGCCAUCGUCGCACACGGAAGCAAACGCAAACUGUCGGAGCAGGACCAGUUGGUUGCAGCAGAUGCGGAUCCCGCAACUUCCUCAGGCGUUGAAGCGUGUGCUGAAGGAGGAGAAGCUGACGACAAGCAGGACCGGAGCAGCCCAGUGGCGGAAGCAAGAGACCACAUCGUCCACACAGCCCCUGCACAGCAGCUCAUCACCUGCGGCCGUGCUGAGCGAACGUCUUCCAAAGCAAAGAAGAAGAAAGUGGUGGGCUUGUUCCGAUGAGCGCCGUUUUCAAUCAAUUAUUUUUAAAUCGCUUUUAAUCUUUUAGAAUCAAUGGCAAUGAUUUUAUCGCGGGAGGUCGGCUUUUUAAUCUGAGAUUUCGUAUUUUAACUAAAUAAAUUAAUUACUUUUCUAUUUCAUCUAA